AAAAUUCUUGAUGGAAAACCGUUGGAAGCUGAAAUCAAAGGACUGGAUAUUAUGAAUGAUGAUCCGACACGUGCACGAGUGUUAUAUGCGUGUGCAUCUUCGGACAAAUUGCCGGAUGUUGCGAAUGCAUUGGCGAAAGCAAUGAGUGAUACAGGGCUUGCACCGGAACAGGACACCGUAAAGCUUCAUGUGACACUUUUGAACGUGAGAUAUGCGAGCUAUCAGUUUCAGAGUGAUGAUAGAAAGAGAAGAAUGGAUGUUUCGCGUCUUCUUGAAAAAUACCGAGAUUACGAAUUUGGAAAAGUUGUAAUUCCUGAAGUACAUAUAUCACGAUUGAUAAGAGAAGAGGGCAGUACCGAUUAUUAUACUGCCAUUGGAAUAUUUCCUCUAAACGCCUCGGAAAAAAGCGACGAAUAG